AUGCCAAAGAAAUUCGCCACAGAGAACACAAAAGCAGUACAAGCACGUGAAAGAAAAAAAGCUGCUAAAGAUGAUGCAAGUUCCAAAAAAGAAAAAGAACAGGAGGAUGCUAAGUGGAGGGAUGAUGAUAAGCAAAUCCUUAAAAAGCAACAGAAAAAGGAAGCUGAUGAACGCAAGCGUCAAGAACAAAUUCAACGGAAAGCUGAAGCAAAAGCUCUCUUAGACAAAGAAAUGGGAUCCAUCAAGAUUAAUAAUAAACCACCACCGCCAGCUAAAGUAACAAGGGCCCAAAUUCAGUCCAAAAAGGAAGAACCACCCAAGAAAAAGGAGUCUGAAAACGCUGUUACAACUUAUUUGGAUGAGCCAUUAGUUGAAAAUCUUAAUAGACUGCAAAUUGAUGGUGAAGAAGCUAGAACCGUUGAUGAAGCUAUUCAAAUUUUAGGUGGCCCAGCUGGCGAUCAUGACAAACAUCCUGAGAAGAGAAUGAAGGCAGCCUAUACGGCUUAUGAAGAGAGAAGAUUGGCGGAAUUGAAACUCGAAAAUCCUUCCUUGAGAUUAUCCCAACUGAAGCAAAUGAUAUUCAAAGAAUGGCAAAAAUCACCUGAGAAUCCUUUAAACAAAGUUUAA